CUUGCGCACUGCCUGCUCUCUCCCGAGGAGCCGCAGUCUCGAGAGCGCCAAGGCGGUGUUUCGGUGAUCUCUGGCAAACCUCUCCCGCGAACCCGGCGCCGUUGGACUGCGCCCAGGGCGGGGACCUCCGCCGGGCACCGGAGGGAGCCACGAUGCCGAUCAAUAAAUCAGAGAAGCCUGAAAGCUGUGAUAAUGUGAAGGUGGUUGUUAGGUGCCGGCCCCUCAACGAGAGAGAGAAAUCAAUGUGCUAUAAACAGGCUGUCAGUGUGGAUGAGAUGAGGGGAACCAUUACUGUACAUAAGACUGAUUCUUCCAAUGAACCUCCAAAGACAUUUACUUUUGAUACUGUUUUUGGACCAGAGAGUAAACAACUUGAUGUUUAUAACUUAACUGCAAGACCUAUUAUUGAUUCUGUUCUUGAAGGCUACAAUGGGACUAUUUUUGCAUAUGGACAAACUGGAACAGGCAAAACUUUUACCAUGGAAGGCGUUCGAGCUGUUCCUGAACUUAGAGGAAUCAUUCCAAAUUCAUUUGCUCACAUAUUUGGUCAUAUUGCAAAAGCAGAGGGUGAUACAAGAUUUUUGGUUCGCGUGUCUUAUUUGGAAAUAUAUAAUGAAGAAGUCCGUGACCUUUUGGGCAAGGAUCAGACACAGAGGUUAGAGGUUAAAGAAAGACCUGAUGUGGGAGUUUAUAUCAAAGAUUUAUCAGCUUACGUGGUAAAUAAUGCUGAUGAUAUGGAUAGAAUUAUGACACUAGGCCACAAAAAUCGUUCUGUUGGUGCAACUAACAUGAAUGAACACAGUUCCCGUUCCCAUGCCAUCUUUACAAUUACUAUAGAAUGCAGUGAAAAAGGCGUUGAUGGUAACAUGCAUGUCAGAAUGGGGAAGCUCCAUCUUGUAGAUCUUGCUGGUUCAGAAAGACAGGCAAAAACUGGAGCUACUGGACAGCGCCUAAAGGAAGCCACAAAAAUCAAUCUUUCACUUUCCACCCUUGGUAAUGUAAUUUCUGCCUUGGUUGAUGGAAAAAGCACUCAUGUUCCUUAUCGCAACUCUAAACUGACUCGUCUUCUUCAAGACUCCUUAGGAGGAAAUUCAAAAACCAUGAUGUGUGCAAAUAUUGGGCCAGCAGAUUACAACUAUGAUGAAACUAUCAGUACAUUACGGUAUGCUAACCGUGCUAAGAAUAUUAAAAACAAAGCUAGAAUUAAUGAAGACCCAAAGGAUGCUUUGCUUCGCCAGUUUCAGAAAGAAAUAGAGGAACUGAAAAAAAAGCUUGAAGAAGGGGAAGAAAUAUCAGGCUCUGAUAUCAGUGGGUCAGAAGAGGAUGAUGAUGAAGAAGGUGAGGUUGGAGAAGAUGGAGAGAAAAGGAAAAAAAGAAGGGGCAGUAGCAGCAGCAGUAGUUCAGACUCCACAUGUUCUGUCAUAGAGAAACCUCUGGAUAAGUCCUUGCCUAAUCAAGCAGGUAAAAAGAAAGUGUCCCCAGAUAAGAUGGUUGAAAUGCAAGCCAAAAUUGAUGAAGAGAGAAAAGCACUUGAAACAAAGCUUGAUAUGGAAGAAGAAGAAAGAAACAAGGCUAGAGCUGAAUUAGAGAAACGGGAGAAAGAUCUUCUUAAGGCCCAACAAGAACAUCAGUCUUUGCUAGAGAAAUUAUCUGCACUGGAGAAGAAGGUAAUUGUGGGUGGUGUUGAUUUAUUGGCAAAAGCUGAGGAACAAGAGAAACUUCUUGAAGAGUCUAAUAUGGAACUGGAAGAACGGAGGAAAAGAGCAGAGCAACUUCGCAGAGAACUUGAGGAAAAAGAGCAAGAACGUUUGGAUAUUGAAGAAAAAUAUACCAGCUUGCAAGAGGAAGCACAGGGAAAAACCAAGAAAUUAAAGAAAGUUUGGACUAUGCUGAUGGCUGCCAAAUCAGAGAUGGCUGAUCUCCAACAGGAGCAUCAGAGGGAAAUUGAAGGCCUACUGGAGAAUAUUCGACAACUUAGCCGGGAGCUCCGACUUCAGAUGCUUAUUAUUGAUAACUUCAUACCUCAAGAUUAUCAGGAAAUGAUUGAAAACUACGUCCAUUGGAAUGAAGACAUAGGAGAAUGGCAGCUAAAAUGUGUUGCCUACACAGGAAAUAACAUGAGGAAGCAGACUCCAGCUCCUGAUAAAAAAGAGAAAGAUCCCUUUGAAGUGGACCUUUCCCACGUGUAUCUUGCCUACACUGAGGAGAGCCUCCGGCAGUCCUUGAUGAAAUUAGAGAGGCCACGGACUUCGAAGGGGAAAGCAAGGCCAAAGACAGGGCGAAGAAAGCGUUCUGCAAAGCCUGAAACUGUAAUUGACUCUUUACUUCAGUAAAUGUGACAGACUUAAAGUCACAAUAAAAAUUAGUGAUAUUCUCAUGCCUGGACAAAAUCUUUACUUAAAACACUGAAGACUAUUCUGUAAUUUCAAAUAAUGGAAGCUGUAAAUCAUGGAGUAAGACUGGAACUAAUGAGUUGCCUAAUAAGUCUUAGUCAAUAUAAAUAUUAAUGUCAUAUUAAAAUUGUACAACUGGUAAUUCUUCAAAUUGUCAUAUUACGCUCCAGUUUAUACUGUGCAGGGAAGUUGGGGGAGCAACUCAGACUAUAGAGAGUUGCAGUUUAAAUGUACACAUAAGUCUGCUAGUGAUUUAUUCAACUGCUGUAAUAAUUAGGUAACUAGAUAGUCAAAAUAGAAGAAAAACGUAAGUCCUGUUCUGCACACAGAAAGUAGCAGGUCUCAUUGUCCUUUGUUGUGCUGUCAUAUAUGAAUGCGUGGGCUGCAUAUCUAAGACAUUAUUCGAUCCUAACACCCGCCUGGCCUGUUUAAAAAUGUUCUCAUUUUUAUACUAACAUUCAUUGCAUUUUAAGUAUAAGAUGACUCAUCUCACUGAUCUUAGAAAAUUUUAUAAAAGUAUACAUGUUUGAAAUACAAAAGUUGGAAAUAUGUUUCUUCUGGAUCUCUUGACCUUUUUUGCUGCUUCAAGUCAAAUGCACUUUUUUUGUUCUGGUUUUGUGUUCUCUUGAAGCAUUGAAUUUGUAUGUAGAUAGAAAGGAGUCACAGUUGCAGAAAAUUAAGAAGCUAAUACUGGUCACUGAUCUUUGCCCAUAUGUGUAUAUUUUCUGAAAUUCACUUUGAAGUGUGACUUAAUGGAUUCUUGCUUUCCUGUGUCUGAGUUCUAAACUGUGAUGGAAAUUGCUCUGUAUCUCCCAACUGAGAAAGGUCUCCAUUUUCCACAAAAUGUAACCAAAGCAGAAAAUAUGUAUAUCUUUUAAUUCUUUGGCUUUAAAACACUUUGUUUUGUUUUUAUUCAUAUUUUAUAAAAAGAAAAUAUUUUCCCUGAAUUUCUUUUAUUGAUAACUCCCAGUUCGACAGUAUUCCUCUAAAGAUAAGAAAUUUUAUUUUAUAGUAAAUACGUUGUAAUAGAAUUGUUCUUAUGUUGGCUACUUACAAAAUUUAAAUUUUUUGUAAGUUAAGCUACACCUAAACAACUUAAUGUCAUAUCUUUUAGGAGUUUCAAAAUUAUGUAAUCAGCCCUGAAGUCCAUUGGUUGCAAGUUUGAGACUUCAUAAAUAAGUAUUUACUAAGUGAACAGUAUUUUAAUAAGUUUGGUUAAAUAUUGGUUUGUAGUUACAAAGCUGUGUAUAGAGUGGGGGUGAGCGAAGGUGGCGUACUUGUGAUGUGGUAGUAAAAACGUGUCCCUAAAUUUAAAGUACAUUUCAAAGGUGGUGUACUAAAUGUCCUGUGUAUAGUGAAUAUUUUCUAGAUAAUAAGAAUUGCAUUUAACUGGCAACAUUUUCUUUGUAAUGUGUGAGAUAGUUAGAAGUUUAUGACUUCUGUGGGGCAUUGUUUAGGUACCGUGAAGACUAGAGGUAAACUUGUGUCUUGUAAAAGCUUUGUGUGCACAGAAUAUCUUGGGAAUUGUAGAUGCACAUUUAACUGUUAGUAACUGCUCUAGAGAAAUCUGAAUUUUACCAGUAGAAAAACCUGAUGCAGACUUCUUUUUAAAAGUCCUUAUUUCUAACCUUUAACCAUCCAGUUAAUAGGAAAGGACUAUCUUUAUUUUUAUUUUAUUUUAUUUCAUUUUUAUUUGAGUAGAGUUGACACCGUGUGACAUUAGUUUCAGUUGGGCAACACAGUGAUUGACCUGCUCUGUUAUGCUGUGCUCACCAGAAGCGUCGCUCCCAGCUGUCACCAUACAGCGCUCUUAGAAUAUCAUUGGCUGUAUGCCCUUUGCUGGGGAAAGGAAUAACUUUUGCAUUAAGCUUUAAAACACAGGACAUUUAAGCCAGUCUGUUAGAUUCAUUUUUCCAUUCCACUUCCGCUGCAGUAACAAAAAGAAAUCUGUAAGAAGUCAGAACAUUGAGGGAUUUACAAAGCAGGCCGCUUUAGUAGUUGUUGUUGUUUUUUUUUAAAGCAUUUACAUUAGAACUGAUUAUACCAGAUGUACAUUAGAUAUUCAUUUUAUGAAAUACCAAAAUAAGAUAUUCAAGCCAAGCUUGAAUAUCCAUAUGAAAACAUGGGAUACUGACUUUAAAACUAUUCAUUCAGCUUUAAUCAUAGCAAAUCUGUGGUUUCUUCAUGUGUACUGUGUCUUUGUCCAUAAAAUGAAAUAUUUUGUAACUUCAGUGUUAAUUUCAUGAAAGGAUAUAGAUGAAGAAACCUCAUUAUUUGAAAUAAAUAGGCAAAUUUUAAAUGAGUGUCACAUAUAAAUAGGUUGUCGAGUGCAUAUUUUCUCUUUAAUUUAAAAAAGUAAUGUUUAUUUAUUAAAAGGAGCCUUGGUAGAAUGUUAAUUGUGAUAUGAUCUUUAACAAACCCUGUUUUAAAACCUCAAUUAUAUAUACUAAUAAUUAGGAUAUUAAAAUAUAGUAGUACCCCCCAUUUUUGUUUAGAUUCCUGUAAAAUAUAAGCUUAAUCAAAGUAUAGGGGGUGGCCUGCAUCUAUGUGGAAGUAGAGUCCAUUUGCCAAGGUGUGUCUUCUUUUUUCUGGGAAAAGGGGACCUUUUUUGCAGCAAGAAAUUUAAGGUUACUUUGGGGGGGGCAGUGCUACUUCAUCUGUAACAUGGUUUUUAAAGUUAUGAUUAUGGAUUUUGGGUGGUUGUUGUUUUCAGUCUUAAAAAUCUCUCUCCCCUUAACUCUUACAUUAAGGAAAGUCCUUCUCUUUCCUACAGGGCUGUAAAUUAAGGAAUGGGUAGAGUUUACAUUUAAGCACGCCAGUGUCUGCCCAAUUUCUUAAUGUAUACAUUGGUUUUCCUUUUUAGUGAUUCUUUGUUCUUAAAAUGCUAGAAGAAAACCUAGAUCUUCCUAGUGCCUUUGAAUUUAUACUAUAGUUUGAUUAAUUUAAAUCAUUAAUAACUUCAGUAGGAUUACUACAAUACUCUAUACUGGCCAAAAUUGCAAAUCUUAUAAUGAGUUUGUUGCAUUAAUUUCAAAAGCCACACCUUCACUGUAUUUUAUGUAUAAAUUGUAUUUGUUCAAGUUGUAUAUAUUGAUAUUGUAUGUAUACAUGCAGCAUGGUUAAGUUAGAAAUAAAAAUCUUUACCUAAUACCUCUAGUGCUGGUCUGCUUCUUUCCUGAACUGUCUUGUGUUUAUGUCCAUCCUGGUAUUAGUAGGUAUGGUCUUUGUGCUUGGCGUCUCAAUUUUGUAUGGUUAAGAGCCCUGUGUCAUUUUAUACCCCAAACAUUUCAUGUUGUGAGUUUCGAAACAGAAAUCAUUAUGAAACACACACCUAGAACAAAGGUUUUAAAAUGUGCUUCUUCU